UUCUCCAUAAAUAUAACAAAAAAGUGUUCAAAAUAAUAGAAAUUAUUAACGCUAUGAAAUGUGUAAAAUUGCCAAAACUAAAAAAAAAUUAAAUUGAAAUACUAAAAUUUGCAUUAAACUAUUUAAACAGACAACUGCAACGAACACAAAAUCGAAUAAAGAAAAACACAAGCAACAAGAAAAAAAAAACAUGAAAUUUCCCAAACAUUUUGUUUUAACAAUAAAUAUUGGCUUUGAAAACGAUAGAUAUAAAAGUAUGAAUACCGCAGAAUAACAACAGCAGUAUCAACAACAAUAACAAAAAAUUCUAACUAAAAAUUUAUGCCAUAACAAACAAAACUAACAGGGAAAAAAACAUAGAAAAUUGCAAAACAAAAAACAAGAAAAUCGAAAUCGAUGGGAAAAAGCCAAUGUGUUGUUGUUAAAAACUUAAACACUUGCAGGCAGAGUCUGAUGCGACAAACGAACGGAAAAAAUAAAACAAAAAAUAACAUGUUAAACUGUAACAACAAAUGAAUACGAUAAUAAAAACAAAAAUAAAACACAAACAAAACCGUUGUUAAACUAACAAAACCAACAACAAAUAUAGAAAAAGCAAAAAUAUAAAACUUCAAUAAACCAACAUUAUGCGGCUGACAAACUGCAAUUGCUUGACAACGGCAGCAGCAACAGCAACAACAACAAAACACGAAGAACUACACAACACAAAAACAAUAACAAUUAAAGACUGCAAAACACUACCCAUAACACAUACAACAACUACAAAAAUAAAAUCAUUAAAAACAUGCAAAAAAUCACUGUCAACGACAGCAACUGCUGCUCUAACAACAACAAUAGCAACCACGCUAGCUAGUACUUUAAAUUCAGCAACAGAACUUCUCUACACUAGAAUUAAUAUAACAACAGCAACUACUACAACAACAACAACACCACCUGCCACACCAGCAGCAGAAACUUUAACAACAAGUUGUCGUUGUCGCUUAAAGCCAAUGUCGUGGUGGCGUCAUCAACAUCGCUGGCAUUCUCUAACCGCCACCCUACUAAUACUUUGUCUUUCCGCCAUCAUUCAAUCAUCACCCGCUCUUAAUAUACAAGCCUCCAAAUCGGACAUAUAUAAAAAUCUACGUCUCGGUCAUCGUAUUGUUCAGACACGCUACGGUCGUUUGCAUGGUCUAAUACUGCCACUGGAUAAUUAUCGGUUUUUACGUUCGGUUGAAGUGUUUUUGGGUGUUCCGUAUGCCACACCACCCACCAAACAAAAUAGAUUUAGUCCUACACGUGCACCAGCUCCCUGGGAUGGCAUACGUAUAUCGGAUACAUACAGUCCCGUCUGUCCACAACGUUUGCCAAAUAUACAAAAUGAAACGGCUGCAUUGGAGAAAAUGCCAAAAGGACGUUUAGAAUAUUUAAAAAGACUAUUGCCACAUCUGGAAAAUCAAUCAGAAGACUGUCUAUAUUUAAAUAUAUUUUCACCCAUCAAUGCCGGAGCUAGUGAGAAAAAAUUACCCGUAAUUGUAUUUAUACACGGUGAAUCAUUCGAAUGGAGCAGCGGUAAUCCCUAUGAUGGCAGUGUAUUAGCCAGCUAUGGCGAAGUUGUGGUAGUAACGCUUAAUUACCGUUUAGGAAUUCUAGGUUUUCUAAAUGCCAAUCCAAAUCCUCAACAACAUGCACGCGUUGCCAAUUAUGGUCUAAUGGAUCAAAUAGCAGCAUUACAUUGGAUACAACAAAAUAUACAGAAAUUUGGUGGUGAUCCCAAUGCUGUUACUCUGGCGGGUCAUGGUACUGGAGCGGCUUGUAUUAAUUAUCUAAUGUCUACACCCACUAUGGUGAGAGGUCUUUUCCAACGCGCGAUUUUAAUGUCGGGUUCAGCCUAUUCAUCUUGGGCUUUAGUGGAAGAUCCUGUUUCUUUUGCUGUUAAAUUAGCCAAAGAGGUUAAUUGUUCUAUACCGGAUGAUUUGAAUAAACAUCAUGAACAAAUUGUGGAUUGUUUGAGAGAUGUUCCAUUGGAGGAUUUGUAUGCAGCGGAUAUUCAAGCGCCCACGUUUUUAACUUCCUUUGGGCCAUCGGUUGAUGGCGUCGUUAUACGUUCCGGACAUUCCAAUCUCGAUAUCGAUGAUUUAAUGACACGCAGCAGUAAACGCUCAUCAAACGAUGGUGGCGGCGGUUCUUCCUCGGGAGGGGGUGGUGGUGGUGGCAAUUAUGGCAGUGGUUAUUUUAGUGGUGGCAGUUCAUCUUAUACGAAUGGUGGCCUGGGUGCUCACUAUGAUGUUUUAUUUGGUGUGGUUACGGGUGAAUCGAUUUGGCGUUUUAGUGCCCAUGAUAUACAAAAUGGUUUCGAGGGCGAGAGACGUGAUAAAAUUAUACGUACUUAUGUGCGCAAUGCCUACAAUUAUCAUCUAAAUGAAAUAUUCUUUACGAUUGUUAAUGAAUAUACCGAUUGGGAUCGGGCCUCCCAGCAUCCCAUUAAUACACGUGAUACUGCCGUGGCCGCUUUAUCAGAUGCUCAAUUUGUGGCUCCACUUAUAAGAACAGCUGAUAUCUUUGCUGCCAAUUCCCCGCCACCCAUGUCGGGCGGUGGUUCAGGUGGUGGUACUGCUUCGGCUUCUACUCAAUAUCCAGGACAAUCUGGUCGUUGUUAUUUCUAUGUCUUCGAUUAUCAAACCAAAGAUGGUGAUUAUCCUCAGCGUAUGGGUACCGUGCAUGGUGAGGAUUUACCCUAUAUUUUCGGUGCUCCUCUGGUAGAUGGUUUUAGCCAUUUUCCUCAGAAUUACACCAAAUCAGAAAUAGCCUUGUCGGAAGCGGUCAUUACAUAUUGGACAAAUUUUGCCAGAACGGGUAAUCCAAAUGAACAUCAUCGUCAGGACUCUGCUCUGCCCGCCUCUAAGGAACGUAAUCGUUUUCGUAGCAUUACUUGGGAAAGUUAUGAUCCUUUACAUCAGAAAUAUUUGGAAAUUGGUAUGAAACCACGCAUUAAAAAUCAUUUUCGUGCCCAUCAAUUGUCAAUUUGGUUACGUUUGAUACCAGAACUCCAUCGCACGGGCAUGGAGGAUGUGAUAGCACGUCACAAUUUAUUUCGUAAUCAUGAUGAUAUGGAUUUGUAUGAAGGACCCGUCAAACCAGAUCCAUUUGCCUCACAACGUUUGCUGCUUAUCGAUGAGGCUCUAAUGAAAAAAGGCCGUAGCAAUAAUACCGGUUACGUGGCUGGCGUUUUGGGUGUUACAACCGUUGAACCGAACAUGUACACAACAUGCAUACCCGUGGGUGGUGGUAACUAUACGGCCGGUGGUGUUUAUGCACCCACAACAAUGGCCAAUGCAACAACAGACACACUGGCAUCUGGUUUCGAAUCAGCUGGAUAUGCUGCCUAUUCAACGGCUCUAAGUGUAACCAUUGCCAUCGGUUGUAGUUUGUUAAUAUUAAAUGUACUCAUUUUCGCUGGAGUCUACUAUCAAAGAGACAAGACACGUUUGGAAGUGAAGACACUGCAGAAACAAUAUCAACAGCGCAGCAUGCACCAGCAAGUGCCCUCGUAUCCGCCAGAUCCCAUUAAACAUGCUCACUACCAUAUGGGACACUCGCAGAGUGCUAAUGUUAUAGUGGAUGUAGAAAAUCAUGGGGAUCAGGGUACAAUACUGCUUACAGCUAGUGAUGUUAAACCACCACCGCCACAUAUGUGCAGCAAUACAGCCAUGCAAUUAACACAGCAACAACAACAGCAGCAGCAACAACAACAGCAUCAACAUCAACAGCAGCAACAACAACAACAGCAAAUGGUCUCAAAUCCAAAUGCAGCAGCCAUGGGAGGCAAUUCCAAUAAUCCCGCUAACAAUACAAAUUUAUGCUCAGCUAAACAAACAACUGCCUUAAAUACGAUGGAUAUUAGCUCAGCUGGUGGCAUGAUGGGUACUAGUGUUAUUAAUAAUGUAACUUACAGCACAACAACUAAACAACAACAGCAGCAGCAACAACAGCAAUUACAUCAGCAACAACAACAGCAACUGGCAGCUCAACAGCAACGUGAACAUUUACAAAUCAAAGGCAUGUCUACAACCACAGUUAAUGUGGGUAGUGGAAGUGGUGGCGGCGGAGGUGUUGGUAGCAGUGGUGUGGGUAUUGGUGUGGGUCUUAGUGUUGCCUCCAUGCAACCCAAUAGCUCACAAACAUUUGGACGUAAUAGCACCACCGUCAACAGCAGCAUGAAUCCAUCUACAACUUUAACAUAUAAUAACGGAAUGAUGACGUUGCCAAAAGCAGGUACUCUGCAUCAUACAAACUCAAUAAAUUAUGGACGAAAUCCUGGAGGUGGAGGUGUUGGACUAGCAAGCAGUAGUAUUAGUGCCGCAUUACUAGAUGGUCGUGGCAAUAUGUUGAUGACCACUUCUAAUGGUGGUGGCACAGGCCAGGAUUGCAUGACGUUGCCAAGAAAUUUGUCUAUGUCAUCACGUCACAAUCUAUCUUCAGAAUCACCUCAACAACAAUAUCAGCAACAAUCGAAUAAAAAUCAUCCUAAUGGUAGUAUAAUGACCGGUCUUGGUACCUUGUCUCAUCACAUACGAGCGCCACGACCACCCACCAGAACCGCUUCCUCAACAACAACACAAUGUGGUUCGGGAGGUGGUGGAGGAGGAGGUGGUGGUGGCGGCAGUAACACUAAUAAUAUGGGUGGUGGUUCUAGUUUAAUAGAUCAAACUCCUUCAAAUGGCAGCAGUAGUAGCGGUGUUAGCAGUGCGCCCUCCUCUAAGGGUCAUUCGCAUCAUCAUGGUCAUACGCAUUCGCACAAUUCAACAGCGGUGGAUAAUAUAGGAAUGACAGCGACAUCAUCAUCAACGGGUGGAGCGCCACAUCUGCAGCAACAAGUGCCACAGGCGGCCAUGGAUGAGAUGCGCGUCUGAUAGGUGUCGGUGUUCGAACUAGAUUUAUAGUCUUCUUGUUUUAACGAUAAAUCAUCAAUUGAAACAUUUGAUGAAGAACAAUUUGAACUUUAUAGUUUACAGCAACAGCAGCAACUAAUACAAGAACAACUACAACAGCAACAUACUAAUCAACAGCAACAACAAC